UUAUAAUGGACGAUGUACUCUUAACAUCGUGAUUAUUGGCGAAUCACAUCUGUUGUUAUUAAGGUAAAUUGAUGGAUGCGUAUGCAUCGAAUACAACAGCUGAGCGUCGACGUCGUUGUGAUACAGAUAAAAAAUAAGACGCGGUCACUCAAGGACGGUCAACUACUAUCGAGUGGUAUUUCCCGUUCAACGGGCGCCGGAGUGACACACUAUUCACCAAUGACGUGGGAUUAUAAUCGCAAGGGAAUUAUAUCCAAACGUAGUGUAUACGAAUGCAUACACUACUUACUAGUGGAAGCUUGUGAAUGUUUUCUAUGAAGGGGCCUCAGUUUCCCGAGUUAUCGCAAAGGAAAAACACGCCAUACUUAAUCGCGUAUUGUGCUCACUAUCAGCUGUUGCGACGAUGCGGUGUGCGGUCGCUAACUCGAUAGCCAUGGUAAGAAAAUAUGAAAGGAUAAGCGGACGCUUGUCAUGGAGCGAAGAAGAAAUGGCUAAAGCGGUAGCGGCUGUAGUCUCAGGUAAGAUGGGCUACAAGCUCGCCGCCAGAACCUUCCACAUUCCUCGCUCCACACUCCAGAGGAGGGCCAGUAAGGUCCGCUACCAACAGCCGGAUGACCCCAAACCCCUUAUGGGCCACUAUAGACGAGUAUUCACAGACAGUCAAGAAAAAGAUUUAGUCGGAUACAUCAAAAGCAUGGAGCAGUACUUCAUGGGGGUCUCUCGAAGGGAUAUACGCGAGCUAGCGUUUCAAUAUGCCGAAGAUAAUCAUUUGAAUCAUCCCUUCGAUGUCAACACUAGAAUGGCUGGUGAAGACUGGGUCAGGAAUUUCUUAAAAAGGAAUCCUGAGUUAUUGCACAAGUCGGAGAAGGAACACGAGCUGGAGCCUGUAAACUUUGACCAAUUCUAUCACUUCAUGUGUCAGUCGUCAUGAUGACUAGUCGCCGAGGAGCUUGAUACAAUCUAGUUGUAAGCAAAGGUCAUGUGCCCACCCACCCGAGAGAGCCUCUCGAUAAACGCAUGGUAGUCCCAACUUGUAUAUAAACAUUAGCAUCGGUUAAUGCAACGAAUUUUUCUCCUUUUUAAAUUUUUUACUUGCCUGACGACCUUUAUGUGCGAGGUAAACUGAUUUCCUUAUGAUUAAAUCGUACUCACGAUACAUGGCCAGGAAGUGAUAGCGAUAAAUGGUAAAAAUAAAUAUUUUAUAAUAUACAAUUUGGAGUUCGGACUUCGGAUCAUAAUUAAUACUAGGUAAUUUUUGAGGUUUUUACGUAAUUUAAUUAGUUAAACAAACGGGAGCAUAGCUCAAUAUAGAUAUCAAAUCCAUGUUUAAAAUAAUAUGUUCAAUGUCAAAAUAAUAAUUAUAUUAGUUGAAAUUUUGCAUGCGUACUUACUGAAUGUCAACGUUUGAAAGUUAUUUCUUAUUUAUAGUUUAACUUAUGUUAUUUAUUGAUAAUAGCAAAAUUACGGGCUGUGAUAAGGAGAAAUUGUAUUUAUGGGAACAUAUCAUCGAAAGAUGUUUUGUAUAAGCAAAUGGCUAGUAGGUAUACUAAGUAUAUAUUACAAGGGAAAAUAUCCAAAACUGUUACUGUUACGUCAUACCUACCAUAUUAUAAUAAUUAGAAAUAUUGAAUUGCGUUGAUUGUAUUUAUUAUAUAAAUUAUAGCAAAUUAUUGGAUAGUGGAUACAUACAUAUUUUAAAUGUUUUAGCAUACUUUUAUAAAUUUGAUAAAGAGUUUCAAAAACAGAAAUUAGAUACUUAAACAUAGAUACGUAUUAUAGUAAGUGAAAUUGUAUCCAAAAUAGGUCGAUUAAAAAAAUAAUCAGUUACUGAAUAAUGGGUGAUUACUUUCAUUAAAUACGUUAUGA